GUGGAUAAUUCUGAAUGUUAAUCUCUCAACGAUUGGAACUGAAAAGAAAAAAUGUGAAUGAAAUUCGAUAAGCUUGUUCGUUUAAUCAUUUGUGCUUUGACUGGAACUAAGCUUGUUGAAUAAUUCAAGGGAAGAAAAUUAAUGAUUAUAAUAAUGAAUUGACUGAUUCGAUAUUUCUAUUCUUCAACGAAUUCCUGCUUUAUGUUUCCGGCAGAUGACGAUGAUGAAAUAUAUUACGUCUAAAAGAGAAUAAAUGUCAAAACUGCAUCGUGAAGCGGACGUGCAAUAAAUGAAACAUGGAGAACACGAUGAAACACAGCCUGAAGAGUCCAGAGGAAACAGCGAGUUUCUUGAACGCGUUAUGUUUCGGUUGGACGUUGCCGAUCUUCUUAAAAGGAGCGAAGCGUGAUUUGCAGAUCACAGAUUUGUACGAUCCCUUAAAAUCCGACGAGUCCAAGGGACUCGGUGACCGUCUCGAACGAGAGUGGAAGAAGGAGUUGGCGAAAGCGAAGGAAAUUCCUAGGCUUGGAGAAGGCAGUAAGAAGAAGAAGCCGAAGAGACAGCCAAGUCUGGCUUGGGCUCUGUUUCGAGUCUUGUGGGUUCCUUACAUGGUGCAAGGACUGUGUCUCUUCGUGCUGUCAGUGGUGCUACAGCCUCUGCAGCCCGUGGUCCAAAGCUGGGUGAUCAGCUACUUCAAUCCAGGCGAAAACCCCAUAACCCGAAGCCAGGUUGUUCUCUACGCAACCAUCCUGGUCCUUCUCAUUCUGAGCAAGGUUUUCAUUGCUCAGCACGCCAUAUUGCGAAAUCAGGAAAUCGGAAUGCGCGUCAGGGUCGCGUGCUGUUCCAUGAUAUACCGAAAGCUUCUGCGCCUCGAUCUGGCCUCGGUUGACAAAAUAGCUACAGGCCGAGUGGCCAACUUGAUUAGCAACGACGUGGCGAGGUUCGACUACGUUAUGAAUCACCUCCACUACAUUUGGAUCAUGCCGUUGCAAUUUUUGGUGAUAGGAUACGUGUUGUGGCAAUUCGUCGGUGUGAUUGCCUUGGUGGGAAUAGCGGUGAUGAUUAUCCAGACGAUGCCGAUCCAAUUCUACGUCGGCCGCCUUACGGCGAAAUUGAGAUCCAAAAUCGCGGUGAAGACGGACGAACGAGUGCAGCUGAUGGGCGAACUGAUUUCUGGAAUAGAGGUUGUAAAAAUGUACGCGUGGGAAAAACCGUUUGAACAGGAAGUGUCAAAAAUUCGUUCACUGGAGGUGAAAUUGAUCUCCAUCUCAUCUUACCUUUCGGUUAUACUCAUCAGCAUUACGGCGUCGUCGAGGAAAGUUUCUCUGUUCGCGACUCUGUUGACGUUUAUCUUAAUGGGAAACCAGCUCACUGCCGAAAUCACCUUCGCACUCGCUACAUCAUUCGAAAUUCUGGGGGUACUGUGUGCUACAAAGGUUCGCCAGGCAAUCAUCGGAGCUUCCGAAACAAAGGUGUCUUUAAGGAGGAUCACUGAAUUCUUACUACUGGACGAAGUCAACCAUGGAAAAGAUAUUCAAUCUGUGCCUGCCGAUAAAAGCCGUGAUGCAUUGGGUGAAACCGGACCAGGAGUGCAAAUGCUGCUGUUGGAUGAAGGAAGUUCGGUGGAGAAAAUCGCUUCAGCUCCGAACAGUCAAAUUCAGAGUAUCGGAAACACCUCGAGUAAAUGCAAUGUUGAGUUUGAAAUAAUUCGGGUUUCCGCUAACUGGGUUCACGGACAGCUACCAGCCACCUUGUUCGAUCUCUCGACGAAGGUCAAGAGUCGGACACUUUCAAUGCUUGUGGGGCCCGUCGGCUCCGGGAAGUCGUCCUUACUUCACCUGCUUUUGGGCGAGUUAUCAGUUGGCGCUGGAAAAAUGUCAUUUUUCACCACCAAAAACAACACCAAAACUGAAAUCAACCAUUCCGACAUUAGCAUAUCAUACGCUAGCCAAGACCCUUGGAUCUUCGCCGCAUCAAUACGCGACAACAUAAUAUUUGGCCAACCUUACGAGAGAGAUCGAUAUCAAGAGGUAACUAGAGUCUGCGCGCUAAACGAAGACUUCGAGCAGCUGCCUCAGGGUGAUUUGACUUACGCAGGGGAAAAAGGAGCGACUCUGUCCGGAGGCCAGAAGGUUCGGGUUAACCUGGCAAGAGCUCUCUACAGAGACGCCGAUCUAUACUUACUCGACGAUCCUCUCAGCGCUGUGGAUUCAAAAGUGGGAAAUCACUUGUUUAAGGAGUGCAUCCAGGGUUUCUUGAGGGACAAAACUCGAAUCCUCGUCACCCAUCAGCUGCAAUUUCUUCCAGAAGCUGAUAGUGUCAUCGUUAUCAAUCGAGGUAGUGUCAAGUACCAGGGUACUUAUGAAGAACUGCUUCACUCUGGACUAAACCUAUUGGAUACUGUGAAGUUAGAGGAAUUUGAUGCGCCCAAAGAAGAUGAGGAGAUUCUCGAAAAGACCGCAGAAGACAGGGAUCCAGCUACAGUUGUGAAUGGCAACGACGAAUCAAGCGAACUCCCAGAGAGCACAGAGACUUCGUCAUUAGAUGUAAAACAGGAGGAGGUAGCAACUGGAGAAAUGUCAAACCAUGUGUACAAGAGCUACAUUACAGCGGGUGGUAACAUGUGUACACUGAUUACAGCCGCUGCAGCUUUCGUUAUCACGCAAGUAUCAACUAAUGCAAGUGAGUACUGGAUAACAUAUUGGACGAACCAAAAUGCUCACAGAGCCACGUUCACACUGUCAAACGACUCUCCUUCCGAUGCUGCUAUCAGCCGCAAUUCUACCAGAUACAACCAUCAGCAGCUAGACUCGACAAUCGAAUCUCAAUGGCUGGACAAACAUGGACUGCUUCGUAAUAACAUGGCAAUUUACGUUUACUGCAUACUCAUAGCAACCUAUAUUUUAAGUAUGAUCUUUCGUAACGUGUUUUACUUUCGAAUAUGCAUGAACGCCAAUCGGAACUUACACAACUCGAUGUUUGCUAAUCUGUUGCAAGCCACCAUGAGAUUCUUCCAAACUAACCCAUCCGGGAGGAUUUUAAACCGAUUUUCAAAGGAUGUCGGAACCAUGGACGAGCAGCUGCCAAUAACGAUGCUUGACGCUCUUCAGAUCUUUACCCUAACAUUAGGCACAUUCGCAAUGGUGAGCAUCGUGAAUCCACUGACGAUCAUACCACUGGUUAUCGUAGGUGGACUGUUCUAUGUAAUAAGAAUUUACUACCUUAGAACGGCUCAGAACAUUAAGCGACUUGAAGGACUCGCCAAAAGUCCAGUCUUUUCGCACAUCAGUUCCACCCUGGACGGGUUGACAACGAUACGAAGUCAGGGAGGAUCGGUUGGAAAAAUGUUACUGCACGAAUUCGACAGUCUCCAAGAUAGGCACACUAGUGCCUGGUACUGGAUCAUUGCAACAAAAACUGCGUUUGGAUUCACCCUUGACCUGAUUUUGUGUGGUCUGACGACUUUCGUUUGCUUCUUGUUUAUUCUGAUGGGCAAGGGUAAUGUUCUCGGAGGCAACGUUGGGCUGGCCAUUUCGAAGUGCCUCACCUUGGGCGGAAUGGUUCAGUUCGGGAUGCAACAGAGUGCCGCGGUCAUCUCAUUAUUCACAGCAGUGGAGAGGAUCCUCCAGUACACGAAUCUGCCAAACGAGGGACCUUUCAAAACUGACAAACCACCUCCGGACACUUGGCCUUCUGAAGGCAGUUUAGUCUUCAGAGAUGUCUCCAUGAGAUAUGUCCGCAACAAACCGCUAGUGCUGAAGAACCUGAAUGUGAAGAUAAAUCCUGGCUGGAAAGUUGGAAUUGUCGGAAGAACCGGUGCUGGAAAAUCUUCGCUUAUAUCAGCGCUGUUUCGUUUGACCGGAGAUGAACUGGAGGGUGAAAUAAUACUGGAUGAAGUAGACACGAAGUCGAUAGGACUGCACGAGCUGCGUCCUCGCAUCUCGAUCAUUCCUCAGGAGCCAAUUUUGUUCUCCGCAAGUCUCCGCUACAACUUGGACCCAUUUGGUGAAUACUCGGACGCUCAGCUGUGGGACAGUCUCCGAGAAGUCGAACUUGGCGAUGCAGUACGAUCCCUCGACUUCCGUGUAAUUGGAGGCGGAGCAAACUUCAGUGUUGGACAGCGCCAACUCAUAUGCUUGGCUAGAGCCAUACUGAAGAACAAUCGAUUGCUGGUUCUUGACGAAGCUACCGCAAACAUCGACCAUGGCUCCGAUGCUUUGAUCCAAAACACCAUCAAGCGGAGGUUUGCCGAUUACACGGUGCUCACCGUGGCUCAUCGACUGAACACUGUAAUGGACAGCGAUCGAGUUAUGGUCAUGAGAGAGGGUCGCAUUGUGGAGUUCGGUCAUCCUCAUUUACUGUUGCAAAAUCCGAACGGUCAUUUCUCGAGAUUGCUUCAACAGACGGGAAAGAAGAUGACGGAAAAACUUACAGGAAUUGCCGAGAGUGCCUAUUGGACAAGCCCCAAAUCCAGAGAGGAUUUUACAGACAUCGUCAUUCGUAACAGUGAAAACGUUAUAACGAAAUUAUAGUUACAGUAACCAUAGGCUUUCCUGAUAAAACGUAUCAUGUAUUGUACUGCAUACUGUAUUUUUUGUCAGCAUAUUAUUGUUACCAAUUCACACCAACGAUCUGUAAUUACGAAUUUCACGACCGUACAAAUUUUUACCAUAACGGUAAUCGGUCACUUUUUUUCUCUAGAUAUAAUGUGCCACAAUAAUUGUAAGAUAUUUCCUCGGGAUUUAUGCAUUUGUAGAAUCUGGUGAUAUCGUACCGCGUCAACUAUGAGGUGAACAGCUGUUGUCAUAAAAAGAGAGAGCGACAGUGAUAGUGAAAAAAUGUCAGGAAUUAUUUGGUAUAUACAGCGUCGCUAUUCGAACCUCGAGUUUCUA